AUGCCACGGUCAACCACGCAGGGUCGCGAUAGUCUUGAGCCUGAGGCUCUCACUCCAGACCUCGCACCAGUUUUCAGACAAUUUCUCUACGAACACUUUCGUAGUUGGCGAGCGGACGGAUCAUCACCGACUCCAACAUUAGGCGCAGCUCGCGCCGAUAGCUCAGACGUCAUGGCUUCCACUACUUCUACAGCCACGCCCAUAAAGCAUUCAUUUGAUGCGAGGGUUUCUGCUGUUCGAUCGCCUAAGAGUGACAUCAAUGCUGUCAUCCUUGAUUAUUUGACCAUGGAAGGCUACCCCAAAGCCGCUGCAAACUUUGCAAAAGAAGCAAACAUCCCUGCCCAACAGGACGUGGUCUCUAUCAUAGCACGCCGUGAGAUUCAGAACCAGAUCCAUCAGGGCCAGAUUUCAGAUGCGAUAGAGGGUCUAAAUGACCUUGACCCAGAGAUAUUGGGCAAUGACCCUAAGCUGCAUUUUGAACUCCUUCGUCUCCAGCUGGUCGAGCUCAUCAGGACCAGCAGUCACGGUGACAUUGAAAAAGUUAUCAAGUUUGCACAAGAGCAACUUGCACCCCGCGCACCCGUCAAUGAAAAAUUCAUAAAGGAGUUGGAGAGCACUAUGUCUCUGUUGUUCUUCGACAAGAACGAUUUGCCAGAAAACCUCCAACAUCUUCUUCAUCCUGACUUGAGGAGAAAGGUUGCCGAGAUGGUUAACAAAGCUGUACUGGAGUUGCAGACUCAAAGAAGAGAAGCGGCGAUACGUAACCUCGUACGAUUACGAACCUGGGCUGAGAGCACAGCUAGGCAACGCAAGGUUGAGUUGCCUGCUCACAUCGCCCUUGGAUUCCGAGUCGAGAAGGACAGCAGAGACAUGACUGACCAUGCCGCUGACCACGAUCCUGAGUUGAUGGUGACAUAG